UCAAUUUACGAAAACAAGCGAAAACCCUUCGAAAACCAAACCACCCAUAACCUCAAUUUCAUUACAUGAUUAGAUUUAUUGUUUUUGUUUUUAUCUAUGUCGCAGACAAGGUUUUUAUUGUCUAGAACGUUUGUCUAAUAAUGCAAGACUUCUAUAAUUUAUGAAUAACAAGGAAUAUUAAUUUUAUCAAACAGAACAAUAUGAAUUAAGUGAUAAUUUUAAAUGGUGAAUUAUAGUGAAUCUGUUGAACUGAUUUUCUUAAUCUACUAUGCCAGAAAGCAUUAAUUCGGUAUACACAGAUGAAACUGAGCAUCAAAGACCAACUAGGUUUCAGAAUUUACCGUCAACAAGCAGUGUAAAUUAUGAAGAUACAGAUGAUUCUGUAAUAGCAAGUAAUGAAGAAACCACUCUUCUCUCUUCUGCUCGUAGAAGAGUAGAAGUAAAUAAUGAAAAGGUCGAUAUAGGUUCGCUCAACAUACUCUCUGCAAAAUAUGAGAGUUUAGAUUAUGAUACUUGUGAAAACCAUCUACUACUAGAUGAAGAUAGAAAAAAAGGAUACCGAUUUAUUGUAAAGAAAAAUAUAGCAAGAUGGUUUAUUUUUUUACUUAUAGGAAUGUUUACUGCUCUUCUAGCCUGUAUUAUUGAUAUUUUAAUUGAAGAAUUAAGUGAAAUCAAAUAUGCCAAAUUAAGUAAAAGUGUGGAUCAGUAUGUCACCCAGGGAAAGUUGUAUAUACCGUAUUUUCUUUGGGCACUUUAUAAUGUUAUACCAGUUUUAAUAGGAUCAAUUUUAGUAGCAUAUGUUGAACCAAUUGCUGCUGGUAGUGGUAUCCCUCAAGUGAAAUGCUAUCUAAAUGGUGUAAAAGUACCCAGAGUUGUAAGAAUAAGAACACUGUUUGUCAAGAGUGUAGGUGUUAUAUGCUCAGUUGUUGGGGGAUUGGCAGGAGGAAAGGAAGGGCCAAUGAUUCACAGUGGAGCCGUUAUAGCUGCUGGAAUAUCCCAAGGAAAGAGUACUUCUUUAAAAAAAGAUUUCAAAAUAUUUCGAUAUUUUAGAGAUGACCAUGAAAAGCGAGAUUUUGUAUCUGGUGGCGCCGCUGCUGGUGUCGCUGCAGCAUUUGGUGCUCCCGUUGGUGGUGUUCUUUUCUCAUUAGAGGAAGGAACAAGUUUCUGGAACCAAAGUCUUACAUGGAAGACGUUUUUUGCCUCAGUAAUAUCAACCUUUACCUUAAACGUCGUCCUUUCUGCAUAUCAUGGAGCACCAGGAAACUUGUCAUAUCCUGGACUGUUUACUUUAGGUCAAUAUCAGUCUUUUAAUUAUUCUUUGUUAGAGCUACCUUUAUUUAUAAUAAUGGGUAGUAUAGGAGGUCUUUUAGGGGCACUUUGGAACCACAUUAAUUAUAAAAUAACUGUUUUUAGAAUGAGAUACAUACGACCGCGAUGGUUGAAAGUUAUAGAAGCUUGCUUAGUAGCAAUAGUGACUGCAACUCUGGGUUUCUUGUUAAUGUUUUUAAUAAAUGACUGCAGACCCCUUGGGCAAGAUCCAACUAAAUAUCCUACUCAGCUAUAUUGCACUGAUGGCGAAUAUAACGUAUUGGCGAGCAUAUGGUUCCAAACGCCUGAAGCUUCAGUAAGGUCAUUAUUUCAUGAUCCUCCCAAUACACACAACGCUCUCUCAUUAGGGGCCUUUGUGAUAGUUUAUUUCUUUCUGGCCUCUUGGACGUUUGGUUUAGCGUCAUCUAAUGGACUCUUUAUUCCCACACUUUUAACAGGAGCAGCUUGGGGCAGGCUCGUCUCUAUCGGCUUGUACAAUAUAUUUCCCGAUUUGAAUAUUAUUCAUCCAGGGAAGUACGCUCUGAUCGGGGCAGCGGCGCAGCUAGGAGGCGUCGUCAGAAUGACGAUCAGUUUGACAGUCAUUUUAAUGGAAUGCACCGGAAAUAUAACUUUUGCGCUGCCAUUGAUUAUUACCCUCAUAGCCGCUAAAUGGACUGGAGAUUUCUUUAAUGAAGGCAUUUAUGACACGUUAAUACAACUAUCUGGAGUACCUUUGUUGCCAUGGGAACCACCGCCAUUAGUCAGGAAUAUAUACGCUAGUGAAGUAAUGUCUCAUCCUGUAGUGACGUUAAAAUGCGUAGAAAAUGUCGGACACAUUCUAGAAUUAUUAAAAUUGACAACAUAUAAUGGAUUUCCCGUUGUGGACCCACCUUUAACUGAUCAGAAAGAAGUAACAACAUAUGGAAGAAUUAGAGGUUUAAUACUUCGAUCACAAUUGCUAGUUAUAUUAAAUAAAAAAUUAUUUAAUGAAAUUAGUGAUGAAUGGGAACAUACCACAGCAGAAGUAUUUAGGGAUCAGUAUCCUAGAUAUCUCGAAAUAAGUGAAAUCUCCUUGACAGAAGAAGAAAAAACAUACUUUAUUGAUUUAAGACCAUUUAUGAACCCUUCUCCUUAUACAGUUUUACACUCUACGUCACUAUCAAGAACAUUCCGACUCUUCAGAGGCCUUGGAUUGAGACACUUGCCCAUAGUUAAUGACACAAAUGAAGUAAUAGGAAUGAUAACAAGAAAAGAUUUAGCCAGAUAUAGAGUAUGGAAACAUCAAGGAAGAUUAGGUGUGGAAGAGUUGUUAAUAUCCAAAGAAAUUUAAUGUUGGAGUUAAGUUUUCAACAUUUUAUGCAUUCACAUAAAUAUAUUUUUACAGUAUUUAUAAGUUAAAUUUAUUAUUGAUAAAUGACUUCUUACAAUUAUAUCUGAAAUACAGUUUAUUUUAUAUAUUGAGUUUAUAAAAUUGUUAAAAAGUAAUAAAACUUUAAAACCAAAAA